AUGGGCGACACCGGCAUUCGACGCUCGAUCAUCCACUGCCUCUCCCACGAAUACCCUGACCUAUACACCCACACAAACAUUGCGCUCGUCGCGACGCACUCGCACGCGGGGGUCGGGGGCUACCUCGAGAACCUCCUCCCGCACAUCGCCUUGCUGGGCUACGUCCCCCAGACCGCAGAGGCCAUCGUCGAGGGCACCGUCCUCGCCGUCCGGCGAGCGAAUAUCAACAGGUCGCUGAGCGCGUAUCUGGCGAACCCCGAGGAGGAGAGGGCCCAGUAUGAAGCGGAUGUGGAUAAGGAGAUGGCGGUGCUGCGGUUCGAGGACGCGGAGGGGAGCACGAGGGGGUUCUUGAGCUUCUUCCCCGUUCAUGGCACGAGCCUGUAUCAGAACAACACCCUCAUCAACGGCGAUAACAAGGGGAUGGCAGCCUACCUAUACGAGGCCAUGGUUGAGCCGGACGCAAUACCCGGACAGACGAACUUCAUCGCCGGUUUCACCCAAUCCUCGGCGCCGUCUGCCAGAGCCCUGGGAAGCCUUGGGAUGGCCAGCCGCGCGACUUCGAGCACUCCACGUGCGGAAACACGACGCAGGACUGCCGCGGCCGCGGCCCGGGCUUCCGCACCUCGGACCUUCGAGUCGAAUAGGAUCAUCGCGCAGCUCCAGGUCGAUGGCGCGAGGAGUGUGAUGGACCGCCCUGAGGACAUGAUGCCUGUUGCUGGGCCGGUGAAAGCGGUGCAUACGCACGCGGACUUCGCUGUGAUCGAGAUGUCGCCUCGCCGGGGCGAAUACACCCUCCGCACGUCUGACAUUCUCAACGUCAUUGCGCGCGAAAGCGCCAGCCAUUUCCCGGGCAAUACAGUCGCUCCUGAUCUGGGGCCGAAGAUGUACAACACGAUGGCAUCUUCCGAGUCUAAUGGCAGCAAGGGUUCGACGCGGCUACAUAUGGAUAUGGCUGAUGCCGCGAACAUCAUGCUUUAUGCCGCGCCACCCGUCGCGAGGGCCAUGUCGAAGCAGAGGGGAGGGCGGUUGCAGGACAUGCCUGGCUUAUGCGUCGUUUGA